AUGGAUUCAGAAACUCCUUUCACUGCACUAGCACCACCUGUCUUCAAAGGUGAAGGCUAUCAGAUCUGGGCAACAAGAAUGGAGGCACGUAUGGAGGCAAAUGAUGUCUGGGAAGCUGUUGAGGAGGACUACGAAGUUCCUUCCUUGCCUGCAAACCCCACCAUGGCGCAGAUAAAGAAUCAAAAGGAGAAGAAAAUAAGAAAAUCAAAGGCUAGGGCAACAUUAUUUGCUGCAGUCUCAUCUGAAAUCUUUGUCAGGAUUAUGACAGUGAAAUCAGCGUUUGAGAUGAAGGAUUCAGAGACAAUCAUAGAGUAUUCUGAUAGAUUACUCAACAUUGCCAACAAUGUAAGAUUACUUGGCUCUGAAUGUCCUGAUUCUAAAUUGGUUCAAAAAAUUCUCCUAACAGUCCCUGAAAGAACUAUUGAAUUCUUUCCAGGCACAAGAACAGAGAAGGCUUAUGAGGGAGACAAAGGAAAGGAAAAGUGGAACAAGAAGGAAAACUCAGGUUUUGAUUCUCCGAGGUUCAAUAGGGGAACAAAACAUGAUUUUCCUCCUUGCAAGCAUUGUGGAAAGAAGGGUCAUCCACCGUUCAAAUGCUGGAGAAGACCAGAUCAGCAGUGUGAAAAAUGUCAGAACAUGGGACAUCAUCAAAAGAUUUGCAAGAAUGACACUCAGCAAAAUAAUGCUGCACAUGUUGCAAAUCAGGAAGAUGAGGAGCAGCUCUUUGUAGCAACCUAUUUUGCAACUAGCAGCUCAAGUGACAAGUGGCUUAUUGACAAUGGUUGUACAAACCACAUGAAAUUUGAUCGUGAUCUCUUCAAGGAGUUGGAUACUUCAGUGAUUUCCAAAGAACAAGUUGGCAAUGGAGAAUAUCUUCCUGCUAAAGGCAAAGGUACUGUGGAAAUAAAAAGCUCUUCCGGUACAAAACUAAUCAAAGACGUGUUUUUGUACCUAAUUUAA